AUGAGUACCUGUGAAAAGGCCGGAGCGGAAGCUACAUCUGUUGUGAGUUCAGACAGAGUGAGCAGUCUACCUCCAGAGAUAAAGGGUGAUAUCCUUUCUCGUUUGCUUGUCGAAGAAGUGGUUAGGACUAGCAUCUUAUCAAGUACUUGGAGGAAUGCAUGGACUGAUAUGCCAAAAAUAUUUCUGCAAGAUGGAAAGCUUGCACAAACCAAGUUUGUUACGUUGGUAGAUAUGGUGCUAGCACUCCACAAGGGAACCAUAGAAGAGUUUAAUAUAUCAGGUAACAAAAGUUACCAUUAUGAGUUUGCUAGGUGGAUGCUCAUGCUGUCAAGGAGAUCACCAAGAUCAAUUAUAAUCAAGUUGAACUCAUUGCCGGAGUAUAGGAUUCCCUCAUGCCUGUUUUCUAUCGGCAAUUUGAAGAUUCUGCACAUGGAAAACUGCACCAUCUUGUUGCCCCGGGUAUUCCAAGGUUUCAAGAGACUAACUCACCUCAGCCUGAAACUUUUCUCCUCCACGGACAUGGACAUCCAAAAUCUGAUCUCGUUCUGCCCCGUACUGACUGAUUUGAGAUUAGUUCGUUUUGAGGGCAUCAGGUGUCUAAAUAUUCAAGCUCCUGAACUGGAAUAUCUUGAAGUUGUUGGGGGCUUUGAAGACAUUAAUUUGGAUGCCCCUAAUCUAGAAUGGGCCGUUCUCACUCUUAAUCCCAAAGCUAAAGCAUAUCAAUCUGUUUCAAUUGCUCAUGACACGAAAAACUAUGUCAAGAAGUCAUUGGGAAGCCAUCUAUCAAAAGGGUGCAUACCUAUGAAGCUCCCUGCUGUAUUUACUCGCUUGGAGCAUAUUUAUCUUACGAUAUGCUUUUGGGACGAGUGGCAAGUCUUGACCGCUUGUUCAUUGUUCCAGAAUGCCCCUAACCUAAAGAGGCUUGACAUGCGGAGUCGCUUUUCGAGCCCAUGGUAUCAGGAUCAGGCGAGCAUUCAAGAGCUUACCGUGCAAUUGCAAAUGGACCAUCUCGUAACGGCCAGUUUGGAAGGUUUCGCGGGUCAUGACUAUGAAGUUGAUUUCGUGGCAAAGCUACUGAGGUGGGCACCAGCUUUGGAAGAAUUGGAGAUAGAAUGGGAGGGCAAAACAGACUGCAGCAGGGUUCUUGCGAAGCUAUUAACUCUGCCGAGGGUAUCUCCCAGGGCCAAGGUCAUUGUUACAUUUUGA